UUUACUACCCAUAAAUCCAUCAUCCAUUUUAUGUUCUUGAUGUGAAUAAACCGAAGACAAAAAAAUUCAAAAUUCGGCGGAGGUCAGCAAUCCCAGAUUGACAAUGGACACAGCGGAUCCAGAUCGAUCCCCCGCAAACGCCACUCCCGCCGCUACUGCUACCACCACCGAUGACCCGCUAAACACUCCCUACUACGGCUCGCUAAACGAUCAUUGCCACGAUCUCGCCGUCCUGCAGGACCUGGCCUGCCGAGGGGCCUGGCGGUCGGUCCUCGACAAGGUCGGCCACGCUCGUUCUCUUUCCCUCCUCACGAAGCCCCACGAGCACCUCAUCUACCUCACUUACAAUGUCCUUGCUCUCACGAAGCUCCGCCGCUUCCCCGACGCCAGCAACGAACUCAACGCCGUGCUUGAAGGCGACGAUUUUGAGAGCUCACAGUACCUAUAUGAAACUUACCCUAAUCAUUACCCCAAUUCCAGUGGUUCCAUGGUCCCCUUUGCCCUCCGGUGGAUCCACGCCCAUCUCCCCUCCGCACUAGGCCAACGCCAGCAGGCUCUAGACCGCCUCUAUUCCCUCCUUGAUUUCAUUCGAUCCAAAAAACUAAAUACCAACGCAUUGUCUUCAAGGUCUGAACUUUCCGAAGGUUUGUGGAGGAAGCGCGAAUGUUUUGUGAUGAAUACAAUAAUCAGUUACCACUUGAGUCAGAAGGAGUUCAAGGUUUGUUUUGAUUUGCUCAGCGAAUUGAUCGGGAAAAGAGAGUGUGGGAAUGAUCCAUUCUUGUUGUCAAAAUUGGGAUACGUUCAGAUGCAGUAUGGGGAUGUGGAUGGUGCAAAAAGGACAUUUAAAGCAGUAGAAAACAAGAUAGAAAAUGACAGUGACGUGAGGUUGAAGAAUUUAGUGAGCAGGAACACGGCAUUGAUAUAUAUACUAGGAAAGGACUAUGCUUCUGCAGUGAGGGAGUAUGAGCAAUGCAUAGAAAGGGAUGGGGGGAUGGAUAUAGUGGCGCUAAACAACAAGGCAUUGUGUUUGAUGUAUUUGAGGGACUUGUCGGAUGGGAUCAAAGUGUUGGAGAAUGGCUUGGAGCGAGUUCCCACAGUAGCACUGAAUGAGACUGUGGUGGUUAAUCUGUGUAGUAUGUAUGAACUGGCAUAUGUCAACCAUGUCGAUAUAAAGAAGACUCUUAAUAAUUGGAUUGUUAGGGUUGCUCCAGAUGACUUUGAUUCGGCUUGUACACGGAUAUGAGGUGAAGUUAUAUGUUUGAAAUUAUUAUAGAUUGUCAUUGUUGAAUGCUUGUCGUGUAGAGUUUCAAUUUUUAAUGCAAUGUAUUUUCAUCCGGAUUGUUCUUUGGGUUAAACCUGAAACUGUCUUCGCAUGUGCCUUACUAAAUUGGGAUAGUCAUACAUGUUUGGUCUUGGUGCAAUUUGAAAAGCAUAGAUGUUCAUGUUCACUGUGUAAGUUUUCUGAACAUGUUUGAAGGAAAAAGUUAAUUGUAGGAAUGUCAUAUUAUCAUGGUAAUAAAAGCAUAUAAAUGACCUAACUUCAUUCCGUGAUACUAACUUUUCCAAAAUACAAAGCGGAUGGGAGGCAUAAUGCCUAUGGUUUCAGUGUGAUCCCAUAUGGUGGCAUAGGCAAAGCAUUGGGCACCAGGGCAAGCUUUCCGAUCUACAGGCUUGUUUCGUGGACCCACAGUGCAAAGUUUGGAGGUCGGCAGCAUACAGUUGAAGGAAACAACAGGGAUCUUUAAUUGGCGAUAGGCAGGAGUCAGCAAGGCUCUUGUACCGUGAAGUUGAGGCUUCAGGGGAGUACACUGAAUGAGAUGAACAAGGAGCAAGGUGAGUUUGAUGAUUUAGAAUAGGUCUAAGAUCAUUUAGUCUUAGAGGAAGAAGAUGAAGUGUUUAUGGUCUGUCCCCCUCCUAAACCGCCGUCAUUGAGUGAACGGGUGGAUAGGGUUGGAAGUUGACGUUUCAAGUUUGGAUAGGGCCACCUGCAGUUUUUUGCUUUAUAUUUAUUUCAAAUUUUAUUUUUCUUUCGUUAUAUUAUUUACCUUAUUUUUGAAUUGUUUGUGUUUGCGGCAAGUCUUGAGAUGUAUAGUUUAGUUGUUAUCGGAGGUAUUGAGACUUUUGUAGUCGUUAAUUGCUUAAAAGCUCCCUCAUGUUUAGCGAAAAGUUUCGCUCAAUUGUGGGUGAACUGAAAUCCCUUAAAAGGGACUCUUUGGCUAUUGUGAGUCUAGUGAAGUGGUGAAAUGUACUGUGACCUUGAAGUUUAGUAAGAAUUUUAUGGUGCUCGUUUGGUGGUCAACGAUUCACACUGCUUCUUGCCCGACUCGCAGUUUGCUUGUAGAGCUUUUUUGAGUCUAAACGGAGUGUUUUGGAAGAUAGGUGGUAGUUUUUGAGCUAUUGAAUAGCUG